AUGACCUCGAUCCUUCUUACUCUGGCAUUAGUAAACGAAAGUGGAGAUUUUGUCACGGAAACUCGUGCCACACGUGACACGAAACGGAAGCUUUACGAGGUUGUGCUGGAAAUGUGUCGUUGGGAGACGUUCGUGUCCGCGCUAAUGGAACUCACAAACAUCGCGUCUAGUUUCGUCCCACCGAUCAUGCUCGGCUAUCUUCUAGCGUACAUCGGAGACAAGAAAGAGCACGGCUGGCACGGCUUCGCGUACGCCGCGGCAUACGGGCUCUCGCAGUUCAUUGGAGGCGUAACGAACGCGCACAGUGCGUACUUCAUGAGCAUCGGUGCCUUCAAGGUCCAGUCGGCUCUUACCUGUGCCUUGUACAAAAAGGUUCUACGUACAUCUGGAGGUUCCCUUCGGCAGUACACAGCGGGGCAGAUCAUGAACAUGAUGUCCAUCGACGUCACGCAAGUGGGGCAGUUCUUGACGUCCGUCAACAACUGCUGGAGCGUGCCGCUCAAGAUAGUCGCUGCACUUGCCUUCCUCUGGCAUUACUUGGGUCCCUCUUGUUUCGCUCUAGUGGUCAUCAUGCUUUUUUGCCUACUGGCAUCCGCCUGCAUCUGGUACUACUGCGACAAGUUUCAGAAACUACUAAUGACUUGCAAGGACUCCCGGCUGCGACAGAUCACCGAAAUUCUUAACGGGAUUAAGGUGAUCAAGCUGAAUGCCUGGGAGCACCCUUUCAUGCAAAAGGUGAACGAGACCCGAGCGGACGAGAUCUCCCACCUUAGGACAUUCUCGCUCCUUCAGUCAGCGUUCUUUUUCCUCUGGACCUUCACUCCAAACAUGGCCUUGUGGGCGAUGUUCGUGACGUUCCUGCUGGUAAGCCCCGCCCACCAGCUCACGCCCUCCCUGACGUUCCCCUGCCUCUCCUUCUUCCUGCUUCUUCGCUUUCCGAUGUACACCCUGCCGGACAUCGUGUCCAAAUUCAUCCGGUUUGCGGUGUCAUUGAAAAGGCUCUCCGAAUUCCUGGAUGCAGAGGAACUGGACGACGACGCCGUAGGAACGAACCCAGAGAAAGGAGACGCCAUCACCGUGAAGCGGGCCACCUUUGGUUUGUCAGAAUACGACACUCCUGUUCUGGAGGACGUAGACCUUAACUUCAAGGCCGGUAGCCUGGUUGCCAUUGUGGGAGCUGUGGGCUCUGGCAAGUCGGCGCUGCUCUCUGCUAUCCUUGGGACUAUCAAGAGGACAUCGGGCUCUGUGGAUGUAAAGGGUCGACUAGCGUACGUCGCACAGCAGCCAUGGAUUCAAAAUGCGACGCUGAAGGAGAACAUCGUCUUUACCAACCCUAGCGACGACCACAGAUUCCGGCAGAUCGUAGAGGCCUGCGCCCUCACGCCUGAUCUGGAUAUGCUCCCUGAGGGGGACGCCACUUAUGUCGGAGACAGGGGUACCAAUCUGAGCGGCGGCCAGAAAUUGCGGAUCAGCCUGGCCCGCGCAGCCUACCACGACGCUGACGUCUACCUCCUGGACGAUCCGUUCAGCUCGGUCGAUGCGCACGUUGCUUCGCAUCUCUUUGAACACGUGGUGGGGCCGGCUGGCAUUUUGAAGUCCAAGACGAGGCUCUUUGUGACGCACAGCACGGCCUACCUCCCCGCCGUCGACUGGAUCGUCUUCCUCGACAAAGGGAGAGUCGGGGAGCAGGGCACGUACCACGAGCUGCUCGCACGAACGGAAAACAAAUUCUCAAAGUUCCUCCGAAAUCACUCGACGAGAAAUUAUAGCGAAGACGACUCGGGGCCUGUGGCGGAGGACACCGCUAAAAGGCCAACGGACGAGCUUGUGGAAAAAGACGCUCAAGAUGAGUGCAAGCUUGCGGAUGACGAAAGAGCCAACACGGGAAAUGUCGGCUGGCAGACAUAUUACGAAUAUGUGAAGAGGGUCGGCUGGAAUUUUUUUCUUCCCGCCUUGCUCGCAGCAAUCCUUGGCAGUGGCUUCGAGUAUGGCUCGAGCCUGUGGCUGACCGCCUGGUCUCAGAACCCGGACCCAUCUCGGAGGCUGGGCUACAUGCUGGGCUACGGAGGGCUUCUGACAACCACAAGCGGCUUGAGCUAUAUUGCGUGGCUCUCCUUCGUGCUCGGCUCCCUCCGAGCGGCUUUUUCGUUCCACAGUUCGCUCCUUGAAAGCGUUGUCCAUUCUUCGAUUUCUUUGUUUGACACUACACCAGUGGGAAGGCUCGUCAAUAGGUUCAGCCGCGACAUCGACCUGAUAGACAGGGACGUUCCAUUUUUCGCUGUCAUGACUAUGAACUGUCUGGUGGCCAUGCUGAUCCUUGCCGUAGUUGUCUGCCUACCGUCCGCUUACUUCGGGCUCAUGAUGCUGCUGGUCACGAUCCUCUUUCUGGGACUCAUGUGGCUUUCGUUGCCGUCUUUCCGUCAAAUGCGUCGUCUGCAAUCCGUGAGCCGUUCCCCUGUCCUGUCCCACUUCGGGGAGACCGUGUCCGGAGUGGACACAAUUCGUGCGUUCGGCGCCACCAAACCGUUCAUGGACACCCUCGAGAGACGGCUCGAUGACUACAUCAACUGCAACGUCCACUUCGCGGCUCUUGAAGGGUGCCGAACGGUCGCUGUUCAAGUCCUGACACUGUUACUGUCCAUUGGUUCAACUCUGGUUGCGGUACUCGGAAGGGAUACUCUUGACGUCGGGAUGGUCGGCAUGACGCUCACCUAUACGUUGCAGAUGUCGGGAGGUAUGUCGAUGCUACUGACGAUGGCUGUCAUGCUGGAAGUGAGCCUAGUGGCGGUGGAGAGAGUCAUGGAGUAUUUCAACCUACCACAAGAGGCACCAUGGAACAGUGGUGAGGCUCAGCCCCCUAUUGGAUGGCCAUCUCGGGGCGAUAUAACGUUCACAAACUAUAGUGCUGCCUAUCGGGACGACAUGAAACCUGUGAUUCAAGGAGUCAGCUUGAAGAUCUCCGACUGCCAAAAAAUUGGUAUUCUAGGAAGGACUGGCACUGGAAAGUCUAGCCUUGCGCUGGCACUGUUCAGACUAAUCGAAUCGAAGUCUGGGUCCAUCACUGUUGACGGCAUAGACAUCGCACAGAUCGGCUUGCACGACCUUCGUUCAAAGAUGUCAAUUAUUCCCCAGGACCCGGUGGUAUUUGCUGGAACUCUGCGCUGGAAUCUAGACCCUUUUGGCAAACACACGGAUGCCGCCUUGUGGGAGGCCUUGGAACGGGCACACCUCAAGCGCUUCCUCGCCGGCCAAAAUCUUAACCUCGACUGCAACAUGACCGAGAGCGGGAACAACUUAAGUGCCGGACAAAAGCAGCUGGUGUGCCUCGCCCGAGCUCUUCUAAGGCGGAGCAAAAUACUGGUCUUGGACGAGGCGGCGUCGUCCGUCGAUUUGGAAACGGGCCACCUCGUAGCGGAGACCAUUCGCACCGAGUUCCGAGGGACCACCGUCGUCACCAUCGCGCACACGGUUCACACGGUCCUGGACUGCGACAGAAUCCUACUGAUGAAUGCUGGAAAAGUGGCUGAGCAAGGCACCCCCAGGGAACUGCUUCGAAGAAAAGAUGGCCUCUUCUCGAGGAUGGCUCUCAGGUCUUAGGUUACAGUGCCCGGACCCAGUCUUCGUCCGGUGCGUUUAGUGUCGUAUUGCACGGUGCAUCGAGACCGGUCCCGCAACGGCAACGAACGACGUCACAAAGGCUGGAGUGUCACACAGUCAGAUGUCGCGAUCCUGGUAAUUAAGUGUCAAAGCUCUGGAAAAAAAAAAAAGCACGGGGGAAUGCGAGUGUCGCCGUCGUCGGGGCGUCCCGACUUCCGGCUGCCGAAGACUCCGUGACUGUGCAGCUGGAGAGCAACCCACAACAGAAGAGACGUCUGCCAUGUCCGCUGCCGUGACACAGCCCGGGAAGAUGCCGGUGACAAAGCAGCACUUUGACGUCAUUAGGCGGAAAUUGAGGGAUGACUUUUUAGGACGUGGUAGGCACACCAGUUGGAGACGUGUUUCAGACACCAUACCUAAGGUGUAGUACAGAAAGGCUGGAGCUGCCAGACUUGUAUCACCGCAAGGCCAGGAUGAUUGGGACGAUGACGAAGAUUCCGAGCCAUCAUUCCCCUCCCCCCACCCCACCCCUGUAAUAACACGGUCAUUAGAUAGACUGCUUUCUGAUCUGGAAGCUUCGGUGGUUUCCCCCAUGGUAAACUGUGUCACCACAAGUGGCGUCGAAACAAAUAAAAGUUUCAAAAAGGAAAACA